CCUCCAUCUUGCAGUCAGAGCGGGCGCGCAAAACAAUCCUCUGGAAAGGCGCAAUCGAGCUCCCCUCCCGCAAAAGGAAAUCACCUCAGAAAAAGACGCGGGGACUGCGUGGUCCUUGGGGGCGGGGAUGUUUGGCGUAGGCAUUAAAAGAUAUCUGCAUGCUGGUGGGUGCCGGCCGGCUGAGGAGCCGCGUUUGGCUGGGGAUCCCCCUGAAGCCCCAAAGAGCGCGCGUGACUUCAACCCUUUAACCCCGCGCGCGAGAGAGGUGAGAAAAGUGCGGCGCGGGAGGCAGGCGCGAGAAGGAAGGAGGCGCUGUGAAGCUCGGGCCAGUCAGCUCAGGCGGCGAGGAAGGAUCCCCCCGGAGAGUGGGAGUGAGUUGGCCAGCCGCCGGCGGCGAUAUAGGCGCCCCCUCCUCUGCUCCAGGCAGCCACUUACGAGCGGCUCACUUGAGCGGCGCUUCGAGCUCGCGCGGGGCGGGAAAGAAGCCGGACUUCUUUCCGAAGAGCAUAGAGCUGGCCGGGUCCCAAGCCUUUGAGGUCCAGCCAAAGGCUCUUUUGCAUUUCUGGGGAAACGGCUCCCCGCCCACCCACUCGGCGCAAAAUUGCAGCGCGAGGCGAGCAACCUCCGCGGGAGUGACUGAGCUCGGAGGGGAAGCCUCCGGAGUUCAGACGUAACCAGCAGAGCUAGGUGAGGGUGAGGUUGCUCGCGCUUGGAGCGGCGGGACUUUCUCCCUCUGCUCUCCGAGCCCGCCGGAACAGGACCAGCAGCGACAAGAGGCUGUGGCGCCUUCUCCGGCUUGCAGACCGGCUGAAGCCUCGGGAAGUUCUCGGCGCCUAUUUCUCGAGAGAAGGGAAACUUUCGCGUCAGUUCUUCUCUGCCUCAGUUCCACGUCGGAUUACUAUGAAACCACAGCAGUGGAAUUUAAGUGGCUGGAAAACUGAAUGGAAAUCAGAUAGACAUGCUGGGUUGAAACCAGUGUUUUUGAAACUGUUGAUAUUAACCCCGAUACAGUGACGAGGAUUCAAGGAAUGAAUGACAAGCCCCUCUCCAUCUCUGACGGAUGCCAAAUAAGUGGUUGCCAAUAAGCCCAAACUACUACAAGGCAUGCACCUGAUUCACGAAGAAAACAACUGACCAACUGAGUCUUUUCUUCUAACUUUAGUGAAGAGAUGUGUGUGAUUGACAGAACCACAAACAAGAAUUCUACAGAGGCACAACCUGUUCUAGGACUGGUCUUGGGUAGCAUCUCCCUGAUCACAGUUGUCAUGAAUAUUUUGGUCCUGUACGCAGUGAGAACAGAAAAGAAACUGCAGACUGUUGGCAAUCUUUAUAUUGUCAGUCUUUCAUGUGCUGAUGUUAUAGUUGGUGCAGCUGUCAUGCCACUAAACAUUGUGUACUUGCUGAAGGAUAAAUGGAUUUGGAAUAGAAAUGCUUGCCUGUUUUGGCUGUCAAUGGAUUAUGUUGCUAGCACAGCCUCCAUAUUCAGUCUCUUCAUACUUUGCAUAGAUCGUUACCGUUCUGUCCAGCAGCCACUAAAAUAUCUCAGGUACCGGACCAAAACUAGAGCCUCUGUUAUGAUAUCAGUAGCUUGGCUGCUCUCUUGUAUGUGGGUCAUCCCAAUCCUUGGCUGGCGUAAUUUUUACAAGGACAGCAACACAACUGUGAACGAUGGGGCUGAUAAUGGAAAUAUAUGUGAAACAGAUUUUUGCAAUAUCGUGUGGUUUAAAGUUUUGACAGCCAUGAUAAACUUUUAUGUGCCGUCACUGCUGAUGCUUUGGUUCUAUGCAAAAAUAUACAAGGCUGUCCAGCGGCAUUAUCAGCACCGGGAGCACAUAAAUGGGUCUUUUAUAUCAUCCUCGGAAAGAUCAGGUAUGUACAGUGGAAGGCUGCAAGAAGUGCAAAAGAUUUGUUUUGGAAGCGCAAGUAAAGAUAUUGGACACAUCUCAAACGAGAACAGCUGUGACCAGAACAAAAGAACGGCAGCCAAAUAUCCAGCAAGCAGUUUUGUUGAUGUUCCAAAGGGUUUUCGUUGCAGUAACCAUGAAGUAGCGAAGCUUAGCUGUUUUCCUCUAGCCCUUGCACAGAGUGACAUGAAAACAGGCAGUGCAGGCAUGAGGUAUGACUGUGUCAAUAAAAGCACUCAGAAUACAGAGAGCCUUUGCCUCCAAGACUUUGAGUUAAACAAGACUUUGGAUGAGAAGAUUUACGCAGAGCAGCCUCCCUGCAGAAAUUACUCUGAUUUCACUCUAGAGGAUCAUCCUUAUAUCGAAGGGUGUUUCCCUCAGUAUACCAACAAAAAAGACAGCACGAGUCUCCGUCAGUUGAAAAAGACAUGGGAGAAGCUACGCAGCCAUUCCAUGAGUGUUAAUCAAGGGUUGCGUAUGAACAGAGACAGAAAGGCAGCCAAACAAUUGGGAUUCAUAAUGGCGGCAUUUAUGCUGUGCUGGAGUCCAUAUUUUGUUUUCUUCAUGGUCAUGGCCUAUUGUGAAAGCUGCUACAAUCGGCCAGUUCAUAUGUUUACUAUUUGGCUUGGCUAUAUAAAUUCUACUUUAAAUCCAUUUAUAUAUCCACUCUGUAAUGAGAACUUCAAAAAGGCUUUCAAGAAGAUAUUUCAUAUGAAACCCUAACUUCUUUUUUGGAAUAUUCCGGAGUGGGCUGAGGCAGGGGAACUUCAGUAUCAUGGUGGAAGGAAAAAUUGACUUUCUGGUACUAUAAAGAAUAAUUGCAAACGCAGCGAAUUCUUUUAGAACAUCCUUGGUAACUGAAGAAAUUGAAAAGAGUGAAAAACAAAAAGGAGAGAUUUGGACAAUUUAAGUAAAAUAUUGUGCUUUAUUAAUUAAACACUCCCAAGUUUCAGCCUCAGGAUUGUUUUUGUUUUGAAAAUAUUUCCACUGUCUUUUUAUUUCCAGUUCUAUUCUUUGUAACAAAUCCGAGACAAAAUUAAGUAUGUUAGCACUUAACCUAGUUUCUAAAGCUGAAACAGAUCUUUAUUCACUUCAGUGGUCAGUUUGCUAUUGUCACUUGUCUCUUGAUAUUAUUAUAUGCUCCCUGAUUCCCAGAGCAAUGAGAAUGAUUUGAUGGAUAUAGCAAUCAGUUUUACCACACACAAUAUUGGUUGUAACAUGUUUCAAAUACUUAGUGGUUGGUAUACCCGCCUCUGUUGAACUGCAGAUUGUAAACUCCUUGGGGCUGAGACUUGUCCUUCUACACUUGAUAAAGCACCAUGCACACUGCUGGUGUGUGUGAGAGAGAAAGAAGGGAGGGAGAUACAUACGCACACUCUCACACUCACAUACAGGUCAAUGUCAAGGCAAUGCUUCAGUAUUCACAAUGUAGUUCUCGCAGUAAAUCAGUGUCAUUUGCCCAGAAACCAUCUAAUAGUUGGUUUCUACAAUUGAUACAUUGCUGCCUUCUCUCUUCAGCUCUCUGUAAACAUCACUUUUUAUAAAUAUCAGAGCAGCAUUCCAUAAAACACCAGCUGCAAAGGAAAAUCAUUGGAGUCUUAUUAAAGAAAUUAGACAGCAAUGCAUCUGAAUGCCAGUUUCUGGAAACCACAGGAGGAAAGAGUGCUCUUGUGCUUGGUUUCUUCUUACAGGUUUCCCACAGGCAAAGGUUUGGCCACGAGAACAGGACAGUGGCAGACUUGGGUAUUAUGGCACCCUGUGUUAGGCCAGCAUCCCCCCUCCCCUGGCCUCACACUGCCAGGAAAUUACUAAUUAGGUUUUGGGAAGGAGUACUGGGUAGAUUUACAGACUCUUGCAUGAUGGAAAUAUAUGGAAGCAUUCCAUGAAAUUUGCUGCAGUGGUACUACUAAAAGAAUUUCUAAAAUGUCUAGUUCCACCUCAAGCAGUUGUUUGAGAUGUAAAGGCAAAUAUACUGACUUUUUAAUGUAUUAGAAAUUGUGUAAAGGUAUUUCAAGUAUUGCAACUUCUUGAAUGUUAUUGAAGAAAUAAUGAGAGAUGUGCCUGUUUACAUUAUAUUAUUAAAUGAUUUGAGAAACUGUGUGAAAAGGAAACAUAGGACUUAAGUGGACAGUUAGUUAGCAGGUGCAAAUCAUCCUUGUGAAGAAC